AUGACUGUUCUUAGUGAGGUUAAAUCAAAUAAUAUUGGGAUGGAGCAUCAACGUUCACAACUAUUGUUAAUAUCCAUCUCGUUACUGUACUUGUUUCGUGCCACGGCUGAUUGUUGGAAAUUUGAUGGCGGUGGUCUAGCAGGCAAUAGUAAGUUUGGUACUGGGCAUGGCGCUAGCGCACGCCUACCGCGUAGUCUGGCAGGUGCACGUGGUCCACCACCUGCUGUACCAGGUAACAGCGGAAGUUUUGCUGCAAUUUUGAGUGCACAGCAACAAGACAUGCUCUAUGCUUGUCCCCUUAAUAGCAUGUGCCAAUGCGCUGGACUACCGAACGAAACAUCAACGUUAAUUGAGAUAAAUUGCAAUGAAGUUGCAUUGUAUAAGUUUCCAGAGUUCAUACACAGUUCCGUGCGUUAUAUUGAGAUGUCGCACACACAUCUGCAAACUGUUGACGACGAAACAUUUCAAGGGCUCAGGUUAAAAACUCUGAAACUUAUUGACAACGAACUACAGGACAUAUCGGAAAGAAGUUUUAGCAAAGAUUUGCCAGUGUUGCAACAUGGCACAAGUGUGCAUCCGGAUACGGAUACAAUUGCGAACCCACACAGCCCACGGAUGAAUAUGUUUAAAAAUGUAUGCAAGUCUUAA